CUGGUCCCACAAGCCCUAUAAUACCAAGCACAACAUGCUUUACCUUCAAUGAAAGCUGAGACGGGGGCACGGUUGACUGCUGGUCCCGAACUCAGAGCAGAGCUCGUCUACAAAACCAAGAGCGUCGCUGUUCCUGCAGCUCACUUCUCCCACAUCUGCUCUGCGGGACUUUUUAUCUUCCACUGCGCGUUCACAUCUGCAACUUUAUCUACUGCAGCUUGGAUAGCGCUGCCACUCUCUCCCCCGCGCGGCUCCAUCCCCUCCUCGCUGGGCCCGGUGUCAGAGGUGAUGGUACCACGCUCUCACGGAGGACCGCUCCUCAGGUGAUGGUCUUUUUGGAGAUAGGCACCACUUCUGGAAACGCUCUCGCUCUUCCACAACUGUCGUUUCCCCCCCGUCGUUGUCUUCGCUUUGGCUCGAGCAUGGCUCUGUACUCUCGGUUUGUGGUCGUGCUGCUUUACGGAUGGAGUUAUCUGUGCGUUGGAUACUGCGCGAUGCUGAAGACUGACACUGUCCCAGAGAGGCGAAAGGUGGAUUUUACGCAUUCGGAGGAUAACAAGCAUCAGGCACAGGAGGAGCAGGAGCUGCUUUUACAGGAUACAAUGACGGAACACAUGCAGAUGCUUUACGCGAAGUACAACCGGGCUGGAUUUCCCUUCAAGGACGGAAACACUGUCCGCAGCUUCAAAGCGCACUGGGGGACCAUAAACAAGAAGCAGCUGCAGAUUUUCAACCUCACCUCCCUCACCAAGUCCGAAGACGUUCUGUCGGCCACUCUUCACUAUUACAUCGGAGACCUUCAGAACGGCACCCACGGCUGCUCCAGGACCAAGAGCUGCGGCCGCCACGGGCCCCGCAGACACAGCCACGUCCACAUGGUCGUCUGGAGCUUCGCCUCCGUGGACAACAACAUGAGGACGCUCGGACAGUUUCGAAUCAACGUGUCCACCCUCUACAGGGACUUCAUAUCCUGGCAGUGGAAGGACAUCACUCGUGUGGUGAACCAGGCCAAGCAUCACGACGAGCUGCUCAUCGGCAUCGACGUGGCCUCACAGGGGCCCCAGCCGUGGAAGAAGCUGCUGUCAGACCGCUCGCCCUACAUCCUGGUCUACGCCAACGACUCGGCCAUUUCAGAACCCGAGAGUGUGGUCGCCACCCUGCAGAGACACCACUCAGUGGGGGGGGAGGGCCCCGUCUCACAGGGGCCCCAUAAGCUGGGCCUACGUGAGCGAAACCACACCGAGCAAGCCGAACAGCUCCGACACAAGCGCUCGGUGAACGUUCUGCUGCCGCUGCAAAACAACGAGCUCCCCGGUCCCGAGUAUCCGUACGAGACGACCGGCUGGGACGAGACUAGUCCGUACGAACCUUUCGAGAACAAGCAGGCCCGCCGGCCACGCAAAAAGACGCGCAAGAAUCAGCGGCACAAGAUGCCCCUGCUGCAGUUCGACGAGCAGACCAUCAAGAAGGCGCGGAAGAAGCAGUGGAUCGAGCCCAGGAACUGCGCACGCAGGUACCUGAAGGUGGACUUCGCUGACAUCGGGUGGAGCGAAUGGAUAAUAUCGCCAAAGUCGUUUGACGCCUACUACUGCUCAGGGUCCUGCCAGUUCCCCAUGCCCAAGGCUCUGAAGCCGUCGAACCACGCCACCAUCCAGAGCAUAGUGCGGGCGGUGGGCGUCGUCCCGGGCAUCCCUGAGCCGUGCUGCGUCCCGGAGAAGAUGUCCUCCCUCAGCAUCCUGUUCUUCGACGAGGACAAGAACGUGGUGCUGAAGGUCUACCCCAACAUGACUGUGGACUCCUGCGCCUGUAGAUAGUUUAUUUGUUUUUUUCAAUGUCUCGUUCCUUCGAAGCUUGUUCACGUCAAACUUAUGUCACACAGAAAAAGAAACAAACAUCAACACAUGCAGCCAAGCGAAACUCUCUCCUCCCGUCUCUUCAGUCCCACUCCCUCACCGGCGCCCACUGAACACGACUUCCCUUUUGCACUGGAGGAGAGCACUGCCUGUUGUCCCAGGCGAAGAGGAGACGGCUGCGUUCACGGGGAAGGGACGGACCGCGCGACUUCAUCCUCGAGGAAGACAAACUGGAAACGGGAAAAAAGUCAAGUCUCCACGCUCCCACCUCGCCACUGUUCAUCCUGUCGUCUCUAUCGAGAGCCGCUUGAACCACAGACUCACUCUCAAGACAUGAAAACACAGAACGAGGCACAGACCCACGGACAGAGGAGGAAGGACCUGAUACUCGUGGAGGGCGGAGGGGAGGGUCACCCUCGUCUUCCUCUUCUUCACAGCUCGACUUUGCUCAUUACCACAAGGUCCCCUCUGCUCGCACUUGCAUGGUUUUCGUUACUAUGUGUCUGUAUUUAUGUCUGUACUAUCACUGUGUUAUUCACUAUAUGAGACGUUAUCGUGUAAUUAUUGGCUUGGCUGCUAUAGAGAGAUAUAUUAGAUUCCAAAGCCAGAGUUGUGACGCGGCCGGUAGGAAGCCUCACACGCGUUCAGAUCACGGCUCCCUCAUCUUCAGAGUUUCUUCUACUGGAAGGACGAAGCUACAUUUCAUCUGUGGUUCUUCAUUAACACUUUUUCUUUUUGAGGAGACCCAUAAUUCCAUUGCUUUGCCCGAGAAAAUGUUCAAGCUUUACUAGAGUUAGUUUUGAAAGAUAAAGGGAUGAAACAUAUCAGAAGGAGGAACUGGUAGAUUGAAUAAGUGUAGAACCGACUCGAUGACACGUGUGUGGAGUCAAACGUGUCGGGGGUGAUUCGUUCGGAAAGAAAAUCAAAUAAGUCACGAGACUUAGCAAACGUCGAGGAUUCAACCAACGAGCCCGACUUCUUUUAUUCUUCUUUUUUUGGGGCAUCGUUAAGAUAAUGUUUAAAACUAUGUGUCGUCUUUACAGCAUCGAAUGGCGUUUAUUAAGAAAAAGCUAUCGUAAACUCCCAGAAUGCCUCUGGAAACGUGUUCAUGUCUAAUCUGGUCUCUAGAAACCUCAGCAUCACGGCAAUAUUCAGCGCUGGUCUGGAAUCAGUUUGGUUUUAAACUAUUUACAUUUAAAAGUGCCUGGAUUGUUUUUAAAAGGUUAAAAAAGCUCCACCACAUUCUCCCAAAAUGUCUCAUAAGUAAAAAACCAAAUGCAACAAACAUGACAUGUGAUAUAAUGAAUGAUCAGUGAGAGUUGGGUCACAUGAGCCUUUACUGUUAUUGUAUUAUGUGGAUUUUACAUACAUUUUACAGGGGGUUGCAUCAACUUGGAACAACAGGCGUCAGAGUUCAAGGAACCAAAUAUUUAUUCAGAGCUAAUUAAAAGUAAAAAAAUAUAGCAGCAUCAUGUUUUCUAUACACUUGUACAUUGUCUUUGUAUAUAGCUCUCUACGCUGAUGACGCUCUAUUGUACCUCUGAGGUGGAAGUGCCUUGAGAACCAGUGGAUCUCUGCUGGGAUCCACCGUCCCAGCAGAGAGGGGGAACUGAGCUCAGUUUGCAGAAGUCACAGGAGGCAGCUGAGGUUGUUUUUUUCACGGUACAGAACACGUCGUCUACGGCUUAGAUCUUAUUCUCGAUGGUCGUCGGUGGAAUUUAUUCUAAAAUGUAUUUCAAAUAAUUCACUAUUUUGGUAUUUUCAGAGACAUUUAUUUUGUGUCGAUAGCUGAGGGCAGAUUGUUUAACUUUAUAUAUAUUUUGUACUGACACUUUUUUUGUGCUUCCUACACCUUUGUGCCAACGCAGGUUUUUAGCAAUGCAUGGCUGUUGAAAGUGGCGCCCCCCUGUGGUCGCGACAGUCAUGACCAGUUGUGUCGGGGGCCUGAACCCAGGUCUAAAGUUCGUAGUGCAGGUUUCAAACACGCGCACGUACACACUUCAAGUACACCAGCAGUUCGCGAGAGGUUUUUCUAUUCCCCUGUUCAACCCUAACUUGUAAAUGUUUUACUGUAGGUUUAAAAAAAAUGCUUGUACAAUAAGCUUCAUAAAAUAUAUUUGUAUAUGGAAAUGACCUUUAACAUGCAUCUAUUUAUUUUCUGUAUGUUGCAUAUCAUGUGGAGGUGUGGUCUGGGAAACGGAGACUGGAGCCCUGACAUGUUGAUGCUCUUUAUAUCUGUGAUGGACGUUAGUCGCUGCUGAUGUGAAGGUGUGGUGAACUGUUUAAAGCCCCCGAGCUCCGACCCUCCUUACAAAGCAUUCAAAGAAAUGAAUAAAAGUAUGCAAUAGUA